AUCCAGCGGAAGUAAACAAACCAAGCGCCAGAUUUAGCCGCGUGAGUUAAAUUCACUGGAAGACUUUAUUGCAGUCGUAGGGCCGAUAAUUAUUUCCUUUGAAAUUAACCAACUUGUCUUCAGUUGAGUGUUUGAGAGAGUUUGUCAACGAGCGACUAACUGCUGAAGAAAUAUUCCGAGUUAAAAAACUAAUCGUCGAGUACGAGGAAGAGAUCGAUCGUCAGCGCAGACUGCUGGAUAUCGUUUGGAGACACGAAAUGAAGUUACACAGGAUAGAGCUCCCACAGCAACAUGUCUGGAAGGAGGAGGAGGUUCUGGCUGACCAGCAGCUCUGUAUUCAGGAGAGGAACUCCAGUCUGGACCAAGAGGACCCAGAGCCUCCACAGAUUAAAGAGGAACAGGAGGAACUCUGUACCAGUCAGGAGGGAGAGCAGCUUGUACUGAAGCAGGAGACUGAUACCUUUAUGUUGACUCCUACUUAUGAGGAAAGAGACCACAGUGAAGCAGAACUGAAAAGUGACCACCAGCUCCUCUCUCACAGCUGUCAUGUAGCUGAGAGCCAAGAUCCGAAAGGAGGCGAGCAUGAAGACUCAGGAUCAACUAGAGAUGCAGAGCCAGAACAAAAGAAUGAAGAUCACAAAAGCAGAAGCCACAGAAACAAUGUAAACAAGUCUACCAUGUCAGAGGUUCACCAUAAUCCUCACACAGGUAAAAACUCCUGUGACACAUGUGGAAAAGGUUUUAAGAGGAAGUCAGAUUUGCAGAAACACCUGAGAAUUCACACAGGUGAGAAGCCGUAUUCUUGCAGCAGCUGUGGAAGAAGAUUCAGAUACACAUCAGAUUUGAGCGUUCAUAUAAGAAUCCACACAGGUGAGAAACCAUUUUCCUGUAAAAUAUGUGGGAAAGACUUCAGAACUAGCAGUGUCUUGAUAGUUCACAUGAGAACCCACACAGGUGAGAAGCCGUACCUUUGCAAGACCUGCGGCAAAAGAUUCAGUGACAUUUCAGCAUUGAAAACACAUAUGACAGUCUACACAGGUGAGAAGCCGUAUACUUGCAGCAGCUGUGGAAGAAGAUUCAGAUACAUAUCAGAUUUGAGCGUUCAUAUACGAAUCCACACGGGUGAGAAACCAUUUUCCUGUGAAACGUGUGGGAAAUACUUCAGAACUAGCAGUCAGUUGAAAGUCCACAUCAGAACCCACACAGGUGAGAAGCCGUACCUUUGCAAGACCUGCAGGAAAAGAUUCAGUGACAUUUCAGGAUUGAAAGCACAUAUGACAAUCCACACAAAUGAGAAGCCGUAUACUUGUAAAACAUGUGGAAAAGAUUUCAGAGCUAGUGGGCACUUGAACGUUCACAUGCGAUAUCACACUGGGGAGAAGCCGUACCUUUGUAAGACCUGUGGGAAAUGUUUCUGUGAAAUGAAAAAGUUGAAAACACACAUGACAUCCCACAGCAGUGAGAAGCCAUAUACUUGUGAAACAUGUGGGAGAUCUUUUAGACAGAGAAGUGGCUUGACAGUCCACAUGAGAAUAGCCCACACAGGUGAGAAGCCAUAUGUUUGCAAGACCUGCGGGAAAAGAU